CCAUUUUCUGUGCUGUCACCGUAUUCAUUUUUGUCUUUCCUACUGCACCUUGGAAAGCAAUAACAAAGUUUUUAUUUCCUAUCAUAUGAAGCCUCUUCUUGAAAGCACCACAACACGAAAUAUCUUGCUCUAUUCUCUGAGGCGCAGCAAUGGCUGGUGUUAGCAAAGCCAUAGGGAGACUGCAAGCUGGGCGAACAAUGUUCCUGCUUUGUGACAUGCAAGAGAAAUUCCGACCUUCCAUCCAGCACUUUGAUGAUAUCGCUCAAGUAUCACACCGUUUGGUUCAAGCAGCCAAGCACAUGAAAAUCCCCAUCGUUGCCACUGAACAGUACCCCAAAGGUCUUGGUAACACCGUGUCUACAAUCGACACCACUGAUGUGCCGGUGUUUGCAAAAACCAAAUUCUCCAUGAUGGUGCCAGACGUCAAGGAGCUCAUAGCCAAAGAGCAUGCACAUGUAGACAGCUUUGUCAUCUUCGGAAUAGAGACACAAGUGUGUAUAUCACAGACAACCUUGGAUCUUCUCGGCGACAAUCACCAGGUACAUGUCGUCGCAGAUGCGUGUUCAUCCCGGAACCUACUGGACAGGAAAUAUGCACUCAAGCGGUUGCGACAAAGUGGAGCGUUCAUCACGACCAGCGAAGCACUGCUGUUUGAGCUACUCGGCGGCUCCAAGCAUCCCAACUUCAAGGAGGUCCAGGCACUUGUCAAGGACGGUGCUCCCGUCUUCUGAAGUCGGCGACAGUCAUCAGCUCCUCAGGCAGAUAGGAGCUUGCUGAUAUCAGUGUUAAAAUUGCCACUGCAUGAUAUCACAUUUCUACUAAUGUCCUUGAGUACAAGCAACUGUCCUCCAAGUAAACCCACCACGCAUGGCACAUACAGUUUUCACGAUUUUUUAAACGAUUUCUGCCAGUGUGCCACCAUUCAGCACAUCAACUCGCUGCAUAGGCUCUUUUGACAGACAGUAUUUGUAACAGUGGAACUGAAUCCACGAAUAUUCAAAAUCAAUAUCAUGGAAGGUCCAAUAUUGGCAAUAACUCAAACUUCCAAACAUGCUACGCGCAAGAAAUGUCAAAGUGGAUCAGCUGUU